ACCACACAACCCUUCUCAGACAACUCAAAAGAGUACGUAUCGAACAUUUCAUUGCAAAAUUCGUACCUGGCUAUUGCGUGACGAUUAUACACGUUUUAAAAAUUGGGGCCGGUGACUGAACGGUAUAUGGAGUUUUCGCCCAAUUGCAAGUUUGCUCCCUUCCGCCCUUGUUCAAGAACAUAUUUCUUUUCUGACGAAAUGAUAAUACAUUUACAUCAACAUGCUGUUUUCGUUAUCUGAGUCAUACAGCGUGACUACGAAAGCACGCUAAGUCGCAAAAUAACUAGAAGUCGCGGAGGACGAGGUCCAACAUUGUAAUUGGGGUCCAGUUUCAGUUUACUCUGUCACGGACAAGAAAAUCGAGAAAGCGGAAGUAACGAACGGCGAAAACGAUAAAACAGUAUGUCUCUUUCCAGCGUUUUCAGAAAUCAAGGAAACGAAUUUUUCCGUCAAGCUCGAAGCUUAAACGCAAAUGAAUCACCACUGCAAGCAAAGGAUCUUUAUGAGCGGGCGCUUUCUUUUUACUACCAAGCGAAAGACAAAUCUGAGACCCGUGAAGAAGAAUGUUCCGCUACGAAGAAUAUCGGCAAAGCUGCAUGGAGGAUAGCUGAAGUUCUUACCAAGAAAGAACCGCAAGAGAAGCCAGAAAUGAUCAUCUUCUAUCUACAUGAGGCUAUCAAAGCUUUGUGUAGAGCUUACGACAUCGGUGAAGAAUGGAAAGAUGCGGAGUGGCGAGGCGAAGUAUUCGAAACAAUCAGUGUUUGUUUACAAGAGGUGAUCGAUGUUUCAGAAGCGUUCGUCGACACUGAUCGAAAGAUCGCACAGCUUGAGAAACUCGCUUUCAUUACCAGUGUUGACGAAGCUUCAAUCGACCUGCACAUGAGUCUAGCUACACUAUAUUUUCACGAUGGUACGACCAAAUUGCAAAAUGGCGACUACAAGAAAUGCCUCUCUCGGAUGACCGAUUGUUAUCAACCCAUUGAAGAAGUUAAAAGGUUAUCGAAGCGCGGCGAUGACCCCAGGGUAAACUAUGAGAUGUUGAACGAGGCUGGAGUCUUAGAGAAGGAUGUGUUCUUCCACACUUGUGCCGCUAAAUCCAUCCAAGCGCGAAUGAUGGGUGAUGAAAUACUUCAGAACGCCUUGUUGGAGCAGGAAGAACUGCAAAUGACUCUGAUCUUUGAAGUCAUUGACUGGUAUAAGCAAGCUGUCGUUCUUUCAAGAAAUGUGGAUAUCGAGCAAGAAGCUAGAGCUGAAAGUCGCCUGGGUUAUGUCUAUGACAAAGUCCUGAAGAUCACCCUGCGAGCCAAAGCUUACUAUACCCAUUGUUUCGAGCUGGCAGAAUCAUUAAAACCUCGCAUGUUCACAGCCUGCCAGUGGUACAAAGACUGCAUAACAACCCUGAAGAAGUACCAAGAAGAGGCUAGACAGAGAGACGACGAAGAGAAAAGCAAAGCGAGAGCAGGUUUCUUGGAGGAAUUGUCACAAGAACUGGCGGAAAUCGGAGCUCACAGAGGUCUUGCAGUGGAAUUAAUCAAAUUCUUGUAUACCAACUAUCCACCCAAAACUCCAACUUGGAAAAAACCGAGCGAUGAAGAAAUGGAAGACUGGGAUGAAUUGGAGACAACUUCCAAAAGAUAUAAGAGGCUUCUUAUUAAAGCUCUCGCCGUUUAUCAUCCUGAUAAAGUGGAUGAAGAAAUGUAUGGAAAAAAGUGGAAGGUACUAUGUGAGGAAAUAACAAAAAUGCUCACAUUUCAUUAUGAAAGCACGAAAAUAAUGUCUGACGAUUAGAGUAGACUAGAAACUUGUAUAAAUGACACGUAGUGUAAUAUCUAUGUAAAUUUACCACCCAGUUUCUUUUUUAGAACCAAAACAAUUGCAGGUUGAAACGCUGAAUUCUUUAGUAUUAUAAUCAAUGGAGUUAGCUCACUUUCUUUACGUAAAUAAAUAUACCAGCCACGAGGAAAUUUUAAGUUAGACAAUGAGAAAAUACGUUCUAUAAAAUAUUAUAUUAUUUUACAUUGAUUUAAAAUGCGGUAAACGCUAAGCAAAACAAAAAGAUGGACUUCUGUGGUUGUACGAACUUUUUUUUUUAAUUUAGUAUGAACGUUUUUAGAGACCAUAGUAUAUGAUCCCUUAAACUAUUGUUAAAGCGAGAGUCAUUUAUACAGCAUCUCGUUGUAAUUUUGAAAAAUAAAUUGUUGAGAAUU